AUGCAUUUCUUGAAGAAUUCUAUCGCUUGGCUUCUUGCUCUUUUGGCAAUGGCAACUGCGGUGUCUAGCACGGAGCCAUUUCGCUGUAUCAUGUACCUUACUGGGCAGCACGAUGUCCUUCCAACCAAACAAAAUUUUGAAGACGCUUCUCACCUCGUCAUUGCUUUUAUGCGUUCCGAAUUCUUCAAUGUGGAUAAGCAGCCUGAUGUGUACCCAAUGUUUACCUCAGUCUCAGAUGUCCGCGCCCGCGCUCCCCAGCAUGUCAAGGUAAUGAUAGCUAUUGGAGGAUGGGGUGAUACCCAAGGCUUUGAAGAAGCUGCCAGGACCGAGUUCUCAAGGAAGCGUUGGGCACGCCAAGUCGCGGCUAUGGUAGCAGCGACAGAGGCUGAUGGCAUCGACGUUGACUGGGAAUACCCAGGCGGAAAUCGUGACGAUUACAAAGAGAUCCCUAAUUCUGAGCGCGAAUGGGAGAUUGAGGCUUUUGUUUCCCUCCUACAAAAGCUUCGUGCUGCCCUUGGCCCUGAGAAAAUCCUGUCUGCUGCUGUCCCGGGCAAGGAGCCCGAUUUGAUCGCGUUUACGUCCGAAACUGUCCCUAGAAUCAUGAAAGAGGUCGACUUUCUCAACAUCAUGUCUUACGAGAUGAUGAACCGCCGAGACAACGCCACAAUGCACCACAGCGGUGUUGAAAACUCUCAGGAAGCCGUUCAAAGAUAUAUCAACCGCGGCGCGUCGCCUAGCCGCGUCAAUUUAGGCCUCGGGUAUUAUGUCAAAUGGUACAUGACCGAGAGGUGCGAUCCGGCGAAGCCUGUCGGCUGCCCGACUCCCAUCCUCGAGGAUCCGAAGACCGGGGCUGACUUGGGCAAAACCGGUGGCUUCAGCUGGCACGACGAGGUUCCUAAGGAUUUAGUCCAAUCGUUCAGUCGAGCGCGAUCUGAUGGCAAGUACGAUUUCGAUGGAAGUUACUAUUAUUGGGACGAGCAGGAGCUUCGAUGGUGGUCGUUUGACACGAAGACGAGCAUUCAGACCAAGUUCGAGCGUAUCGUGCCGCAACUCAAACUUGGAGGCGUGUUUGCUUGGGGCAUCGGAGAAGAUGCGCCUAGUUUUGAGCACUUUCUGGCGACAGCCGAGGAAGUUCGCAAGAUUCGGGAAGGUGAUGGAGUCAAGGACGAGCUUUGA